AUGGAUGCAGGCGACCAGCCGAAGCCAAAGAAGGUCAAUCCUCUCACGGACCUCAUUGACACGGAAAAGGCCUAUGUAGAGCAGCUCACGGGGAUAAUACGGAAAGUCGCAGCUGCAUGGUCGCGCUCGAACCUCCCGCCGCCAGAGCUGGACUCGAUGUUCCGGUGCAUCGAGUCUAUCUACAAGACGAACCGCUCACUGCACACGCGCUUGAAGGAAAUUGGUUCCAAUCCCUCCUCCCCAAAAGCCCUUGGUGACCUUUUGAUGCGCUGGAUCGACGACCUGGACGCGCCGUAUACCAAUUACACCAACAAGUACACCUGCGGCUUUGACGACUGGGAUCCUGUCCGAAACAACACGCGCCUACCUACUGUCCUCGCCACGUUCUCCAACUCACAUCCCCCUCCGUCAGGCGACCUUUGGACGCUUGAUGCUCUAUUCCUGCUGCCGAAGGGUCGCUUGAAGUACUACCGGCGGCUCUAUGGUCGCCUACUGAAAAGCACAGCGCCUGGCCGGAGCGAUCACAAGCUUCUGGUAGCAGCAUUGGACAAGCUGGAUGGACUCCUGCAAACGUUGGACGAACGCGAUGUCUACAAAGUAGGGCAGCCUGCUCCGCCGCCUCCGCCACCCCCUCCCGCAGAACAUGAAGACGACGUGGUGAUCGACUUGCGCACACAAAGCGUCAUUGCUGCCACGCACAAGCCUGAAGGCGGAUGGAACGAAGAGGGUCAGCCGGGUAGCGAGAGCAGCUCCGCUCGGGGCAGCAACACGUUCUCGAGGGAAACUGGCGAGACUUCGGUCAGCCGCGCAUCGGGCAACUCCAUGACCAUGCCUAUCGCGGACCUGGAAAGACGACUGUCCGCCGGGCGCUGCUUGGACUUGUUCACGAUGCAGCCGAAAGGUGUCAGGUUGCAGAUGAAUCCCCCGCACCUCACCUUCACGCGUGAAUUGCGAUUGUCUAUGGAUGUUGUAGUCCGUUUCACACCUCGAAGCACGGGCGAAGAGGUUGUUCAUCACCGAGGGCACAUAUUCUUGUUGUCCGACCUAUUCCUCUGCUGCGAGAGGAUGACGCGAGAAGAGCAAAGCGAAUUUGACGGGGCAGACAUGUGGUUAUGUUACCCUCCUCUAGCAGGCAAGGUCCUGCGCGUCUCAGAUGUGCCCGAGCAAGAGAAUGCGCUGCAGGUUGCGAUCAUGCGGAAGGAGCACUUCAUCAUCGAAUGCGAGUCGCCGUCCGCUCGCGAUGCCCUUAUGGCAGAGCUCAAGGAUUGCAUAGAGUUUGCGGCCUCCCUGCCUCCGCCAUCGAAGGUCCCUCCACCACCAGUGCCUCCCAUCAACCCCGCCGUGAUGGGUCAAGGAUUACCAUCCAAUCCCGCAGGACCGGCACCUCAGCGCUAUCCUUCUGUCGCGUCAAACCACAGUAACUUCACCUCACCCUCGAGCGACAGUCACGGUUUACCACCGAUUCCGCCACCACCGCAGCCUGCGCAAUACCAGAACGGAGCCGAUGACCUUUCGCGUGGCAUGGGGAACAUGAGGAUGUCAGAAGAACGGCAGUUUGGUGGUCCACCGCCCCAAGCGCGCCAGUUCACGAGCCCGCCUCCCGUAUCUUUCAAGCCAGGCGAGAUCAUACCCAUGAACCGCAACCCAAGCUUGACCGGCCCUCAUGGCGGACCUGGUCCGUACCAGCAGCCACCCUUCCCUCCUCAGCGGCAGAUGAGCCAAGGUGGCUAUGGUCCUCAACGACCACCGUCAGAGCCGGGCUAUGGUCCUGGUCCCGGUGCAGACCUCCACAAAGCCCCGUCAUCUCGCUCGCUCCGUGCCGGCUUCGAUCAGUACCAAGCCAUGCCACAGUCUGCCCCGCCAAUGCCCGGUCCUCAGUCUGGCUUCCCUCAGGGCGUGUCACCACAGCACACUGGACAGAGCUGGUCAUCGAAUGGACAUGCGCCGCCACCGCCGCUUCACAAUGGGUAUCCUGGUGGUCCCCCGAUGCACAUGCAGGGCGGCCCAAUGGGAGGUCCUAUGGGAGGCCCCAUGGGUCCAGGACCGCGUAACUUCGCUGCGCCCCAGCCGCGCAUGGCUCCGCCUGCAUUGGACCCGCGCGCGUUGUCGAUGGUCGAGGCGUCUUUCGCGGAGCCAAGCCCGCCAAACUCGCCCGUCGAAGAGACACCCGCGUAUACAGGACCGACCACGACGACCGUCUCGGCGCAGAUGAAGUGCAAAGUGUUCCUCAAGCAGCAGCACCAGCAGUGGAAGGCACUCGGUGCGGCGAAGCUGAAGCUCUACCACGAGGACCCGACGAACAAGAAGCAGCUCGUCGUCGAGGCGGAGGACAAGCACCACUCGGUCAUGAUUUCGACCAUCGUGCUGACGGACGGCGUUGAGCGGGUGGGCAAGACGGGCGUCGCCAUCGAGCUGAGCGACAACGGACGGCGGACGGGGAUCGUGUACAUGAUCCAGCUGAGGAACGAGAACUCGGCGCGUGGCCUAUACGAUAGCCUAUUGGCGGGCUCCGACCGGAGGGGGAUGUGA